GGCGCUCGUGAGGGUGUGAUCAGUGAGGAGCGCCUAUUUCCUGGGAGUAAUUUCUGGGAAGAGGACAGAUUUGUCGUAUGUGUUUAAUCUGUAAAGUAACGGCUGGAUCUUCCGUGUGUUGCUUUCUGACUUGUGGAAAAGUUACAGGAGUUCAUCCCCGAAGCCUAAAGGAGCACUAAUUUUGUUCCUGUCGGUGAGAAUAGUCUCUGCUGUGCUUCCGGAGUGAGCAGGAUGUCUGUGACUGUGGCAAGAACUGAUGGGGUGACCGUCUUCACUUUGACCUCUGACCCCAAAAGUGCUUGUCCUCCACUGUGCCAAAUUCUUAAAGGUCUUUGUUACAGCCCAGUGUGUUGUUCAGUCUCUCAGCACCUGAGGAAGGCCCAGCGGAGCGCUCAGUCACUACUGGGGGCUCUGCAUAUCAUGACUGGCUUGCUCAACAUUGGUUUUGGAGCAAUCCUCUUAUGUACAAGAGCAUCUUCGUACGACAUGAAUUCGACUUUGUUUCCAGUUUGGCUUGGAAUUCUGUAUGUUGCAUUCGGAAUCACGUGCAUUUUGUCUGAGAAGUUUCCCAGUCCCUGUCUGGUCGUCAGCAAUGUGAUUCUCAACCUGUCAGGAGUGGCUUUUGCCAUAGCAGCCAUCGUACUCUACUCCAUUAAUGUUGACAGUAUCAGAAUGUGGUGGAUGUGUUCAAGUGACUAUUACUGGUACAGUUACGGAACCACAAACCCAACCGACUCACCUGAGAAAAAGAUGUUACUGGAAAAAUGUAACGAAGGGAAAGCACUGGUUUUGAUUCUUGCAAGAAGCAUCAAUGCCGUGCUGAUCAUCCUGUCAGUUCUUGAGCUCUGCCUCGCCAUCAGCUCUGCCGUCUUGGGAAUCAAGGCCCUGAAGUGCUCUGAAAAGGAGCAAGAUAUGAUUGCUGAGAACCCAGAGGACUACAAACCACUGCUGGAGGAAGUGACCACAAACUCUACGCCCUAAAUAAAAAUCUCUGCCUUAUGUAAUCAGCUGCUAUACUGCUAGUGAUAAAUAAUCAGAUGUCUGUGAGUUAUAUUAAUUGAGGUCACACUCUCUGCAGGGCUUCUUGGGGUUUUUGUUUUGUUUUUGUUUUUCAAAGUUUGCAGUAUUGUCUGUCAUGUUAUAUUUCAAAAAUUAUAUUUGUGUGAAGGCUAUUCUACUUUCUAAUACAGCCUGUACUGAUAUCAUUUUACUGGUUCCUACAUUUUCCUAUUACUUUUUAUCAAAAAUAUGGCUUAUACUUUGGAACAGAGAAACUUUAUGAAUGUGCAUGAAAGUGAUGUAUGAUAUUCACAGAUGUUGCAAAGUAAAUGCAUCAAACCUGCUGAAAACUCUA